GGUAAAAGAGCGCGUCGCUCGAGUGAUUAAGCUACAUUGUGUCGGAUAUAUUUUCCAACUUUCCGGUUUGUCAAAGGCACUCGCACAGACUGAUUAGAUAGAUCAUCAAUCUUCCAAACAAACAAAUCAUACCUUUUCUACCAAGCUGAUUUAUAACAGUUUUUCUUUUCCAAUGGAUUCACCAAUCUGUACAGAAAACAAUCAUGCUCCAUUCAAGGAUCAAAUUGACGAUGAAACUGUCAUGUUCGACUUGGAUAUGAGUGUUGAUGGUAUGCCGGAUACACCAUUAAAAAAUGAUGAUAAUGAUUCUGAUACACAAAAAUCUCGAGUACUGUUGUGUUUGGCAGUUUUUUUUAAUUAUUUAAUGAAAUUCUUUUUUUUAGACUAACCAAUCGGGUAAUUCACUUUCUGCCUUGCCUUCAAGACGUGAGAGUAGAUUAAAGUCAGAGAAUGCUUCACGUUCUGCUUCAUUCUCAGGACUUGCUGAUAAUGUUCACUUGGAGGAUAUUUAUGAAUAUGAUUGGGCAGAUAGUGAUUCUGAAUCUCCAGGUGGAAAAAAUGAAAAAGAAUCGUAUAUUGUGCAGGAAAUUCUUGCUGAUUAUUUAAAGAUUAAAUCUUUCAAACGUAAGUACCCUGAUCUAUCAAGACGUGCAAUGGAUGCUUAUGAACGUUCAUGGUUACAACAAGAAGGCAUUGUUCCUGUUGGUCGUGCAGAUCUUGGCCUAACAGCACUUAAAACAGAUGAUGUUAUGAAAUUGCUGCAACAAGAUUAUCCAGAAGUACAUGUUGCCCUGACUGAUCUAUUUCGUCGACGAAAGUUUAAGACAACAAUUGAAAAUCAAAAACGUCAAUAUGAAGCUGCUCGUAUUGAACGCGGUGAAGCUCGAGCUGAAGCUGCACGUCGACGGGCUUUAGAUUCAGCUGCCGAUUAUAACCAUCGUCUUAUAAGUGAACGUUUAAAUUCCAGACGGUGUUAUUGGGAUUUACAGACAAUGCAAAUUCAUAUACCACAAAGGAAGUAUAAACUAUUAGAUUAUACAAAUUUUCCUGCUGGUGGCGCUGGUGAAGGUGGUGGUGGUGGUGCUUAUCCUGUAGCUGUUAUACCUGGACAAUUCGCUGAAUAUUAUAUGAAUUAUACACCGGAACAAUUAUCCUACCUUCCACUUUCACGUGUCCUAUAUCCACAUCCAUUGCAAAAGCAUAAAAAUCCACCUCCACUGCCUACAACACUUCGAUUUGGAUCAAUUAAACCAAAAGUCAGUACACCACCGGUUGUUAUGACUACUACUAAUUCAGAUUUCGGGGAUCAGUAUUCAACUGGUGGAGAUAAUUCCCGGUUAAUGGAUCCUUCAGAUCAUCAUUAUAAUAAUGAUAAUAAUAAUUAUAAUAAUAGUAAUCAUAGUAAUAGUCAUAUCAUGAAUUCAACAGAUGGUGCGCACCGAGGUGUGCAUCAUACGGAUGGAACAUUUUCGGCUACAGGCAAUGGUAAUACUAAUUAUGCUUGGACCUGCUUAGAAUGCAAGCGUUGUGUAGAGUGUAAUGAUUCUGGUCAAGAGGAUCAAAUGAUGUUCUGUGAUCGUUGUGAUCGUGGUUAUCAUGCCUUUUGUGUUGGUCUUGGUCGAAUACCUAAUGGAAAAUGGGAAUGUCUACUGUGUGAAGCCUUGCCAACACCAGCAAAGAAAGGUCGACCAAGAAAGUAUGCUCCCAAAGAUAUGGAUGAUUUACCCUGGGGGUAUAGUGUAAGAAAGCCGUGUAAACCAAAAGUGAAGAGUAUUAGCAAUUUCUCCCGACCGAAACCAAUGUAUGAUAUUAAAAAAGAUGCGCCUGUAAGGCUGCUUACUCCUGCUUCACACAACAUUCUCCUUUCAGGAGCAGCAGCGGCAGCAGCUGGAGGAGGGUUAGGAGGAGGUAAUACCAGUGGUAAUAUAGAAAUCCCUAAACGUCGUAGAGGUCGACCACCGAAGAAAAAACCUAUAAUACCAAGUUUUCCAACUCCAGUUUCACCGUAUAUUUCAAAUCCGAGUAGUUUCAGUUCAGCACCUUCAGAGAUAUCAGCUUCUUUGCCAGCUGCUCCAUCGACACCACGACCUGAAAAUGAGUCGCAUCCAAUCACCUAUCCCACUGCUACUACUAAUACUACUACUACUACUACUACUAUUGCUACUGUUAGUAGUACUGUCGUUCCUGAAAAAGAAAUACCGUGUAAUGAUAAAAUUCCCAAUUCUCAAGAGAAAACAGAAGAAUCCACUCCGCAUAAUCCUGUUGAAAUCAGUGAAGGGGAUAAAGUUACUGUAAAACAUGAUUCUGAAGUAUCGAUCUCUGAUGCGACAAAUUUAAACGAUCCGAAUAAUGUUGAAAAAUGA